AUGCACUACUGUGUGCUGAGCGCUUUUCUGCUCCUGCAUCUGGUCACGGCCGCGCUCAGCCUGUCUACCUGCAGCACGCUCGAUAUGGACCAGUUCAUGCGCAAGAGGAUCGAGGCGAUCCGCGGGCAGAUCCUGAGCAAGCUGAAGCUCACCAGCCCCCCAGAAGACUAUCCCGAACCCGAGGAAGUGCCCCCGGAGGUGAUUUCCAUCUACAACAGCACCAGGGACUUGCUCCAGGAAAAGGCGAGCCGGAGGGCGGCCGCCUGCGAGCGCGAGAGGAGCGACGAGGAGUACUACGCCAAGGAGGUUUACAAAAUAGACAUGCCGCCCUUCUUCCCCUCGGAAACUGUCUGCCCAGUUGUUACAACGCCCUCUGGCUCAGUGGGUAGCUUGUGCGCCAGGCCGUCCCAGGUGCUCUGUGGGUACCCUGAUGCCAUCCCGCCCACUUUCUACAGACCCUACUUCAGAAUCGUCCGCUUUGACGUCUCGGCGAUGGAGAAGAAUGCAUCCAACUUGGUGAAAGCCGAGUUCAGAGUCUUUCGUUUACAGAACCCGAAAGCCAGAGUGCCUGAACAACGGAUCGAACUCUACCAGAUUCUCAAAUCCAAAGAUUUAACAUCUCCAACCCAGCGCUACAUUGACAGCAAAGUCGUCAAGACCAGAGCAGAAGGCGAAUGGCUUUCCUUUGACGUGACGGAUGCCGUCCACGAAUGGCUCCACCAUAAAGACAGAAACCUGGGAUUUAAAAUAAGUUUACACUGUCCCUGCUGCACCUUUGUGCCAUCUAAUAAUUACAUCAUUCCCAAUAAAAGUGAAGAGCUAGAAGCAAGAUUUGCAGGUAUUGAUGGCGCCUCCACAUAUACCAGUGGUGAUCAGAAAACUAUAAAGUCCACUAGGAAAAAAAACAGUGGGAAGACCCCACACCUCCUGCUAAUGUUGUUGCCCUCCUACAGACUUGAGUCACAACAGUCCAACCGGCGGAAGAAGCGUGCUUUGGAUGCAGCAUAUUGUUUCAGAAAUGUACAGGAUAAUUGCUGCCUACGUCCACUUUACAUUGAUUUCAAAAGGGAUCUUGGAUGGAAAUGGAUACAUGAACCUAAAGGGUACAAUGCCAACUUCUGUGCUGGAGCGUGCCCAUAUUUAUGGAGUUCAGACACUCAGCACAGUAGGGUUCUCAGCCUAUAUAAUACCAUAAAUCCAGAAGCAUCUGCUUCUCCUUGCUGUGUGUCCCAGGAUUUAGAACCGCUCACCAUUCUCUACUACAUCGGCAAGACACCCAAGAUUGAACAACUCUCUAAUAUGAUCGUAAAGUCUUGCAAAUGCAGCUAAGAUUCUUGGAAAAGUGGCAAGAUGAUAAUCCCAUGGUGAUGAGGAUAAGCAGGAGGGUAACGACAAGAACAAAGACAAUGUUUAUAACAAGAAAAUCCAAGAGAGCCUUGCUUCGACAGUGUUAAAAAAAAUUUGAAAAAAACAAAAAAAACCAAAAACGGUACUAGUUCAAACACUUUGGAAGUCUGUGUUCUGUUUGUUAAAACUGGCAUCUGAAACAAAACAAAAUGAAACAAAUUGAAGGCUUUAUUCUACAUUUCAUCUACUCUGUGAGAGAGACAAGAAGCGAAACCUUUUUUUUUUUAAGAAAAAAAUAAACACUGGAAGAAUUUGUUAGUGUUAAUUAUGUGAAAGGAAAAACAAACAAACAAACAGGAAAAUCCCAUUAAGUGGAGUUGCUGUACAUACCAUUCCUAUCCCAUGCCUCACCUGAUAUUUCUGUAUUGCUAUGCGAUAGGCACCCUUCCCGUUCUUACCUUUCGAGUUAACAGUGAGUUAUUUAUUGUGUGUUACUACAUAAUGAACGUUUCAUUGCCCUUGGAAAAUAAAACAGGUGUAUAAAGUGGAGACCAAAUACUUUGCCAGGAACUCAUGGAUGGCUUAAGGAACUUGAACUCAAAUGAGCCAGAAAAAAAAGAGGUCAUAUUAACGGGAUGAAAACGCAGGCAAGUUAUUUUGUGACCAACCAAGUCUGCAUUAAGAUAAAGACCCUGAAAACACAUGCUAUGUACCAACUGCCUAAGGAAGCUUCUUGUAAGGUUCAAAACCGAAAAGCCUGUUAAUAAAGGAAACUUUCAGUCAGAA